GGCCCAUCUCUGCUUGACAUCCGCACCCACCACAAAUUCUGUAAUUCAUCAUGGCGAAUGCAUUUGCGCUAUGUUUUGGCAACUGUUAUGAUCAGUUCAUGGAAAAUUUGAAGGACUUGGCCUAAGUUCUCUACAUGCAGUUAACUCUUCAAAAUCCCUGCGAGAGGUACGUCGACAGGAAUCAGCCUUUUUUCGUGAUUCACGGCCGUUUUUCGGACAAUUUCGUCAUUGGUGUUCAUGUUGCCAUCUGUCCUUGGAGGUGCUCUGACCCAAUAAAAAUAUGGCAGAAGAUGACUUGCUACCCAAAAGUCUGCAGAAAUUGGAAAUUGACUCCUUAAGCCAGAUAGAUUCAGAAUCACAGCCCACAUUAGAGUCGCUGACCCUUCGUGGUGAUGAGUGCCCACAAGAAUCCUGCAAAUGCAAUAAGAAAGGCCAAACAUGUGAUAAAAAUACGAGCAGUGCAUGGAACAGACGUCGUUUUGUCCAGAAACCCUUCUCAUCCCAGUUAAGUAGUACUCAAAGUCUUGGCAUCAUUAGAAAAAGUCGAUUUAAAACUAGUAAUUCUCGAUCUAAAACAUGGAUUUUAAGAGAGCCAAUCCUAAAACUUGAAAGCCUAACUAGGAAAGAAGAAAUCAGCUCCUCUUCAUCAGCUUCACCUGUGCGAUUGGAUAAGAAACCAGCUACUGAAACGCCUGGAGAAAUUUCCAAAUUAUCACUGGGUCAAAGCAAGUCACAGGGUAGAAUUUUUGGUGCUUGCACAUCAGUCACACCUACUGAUUUUAGCAGGCUUUGUCCAUCCAAGUCUGUUUCCCUAGAAGCUAAAGAACCGAAACAGUUCACAGCAACAAGUUACCGUCACAUUCGCUUUAGUGCCCCUUCCCAGCCCUCAAAGGUUGUAAAAAGAAAGAAAGAUCAUAGGAAAGAAGGCAGCAUGAAGACCCGCCCUAUCAGUGAAACAUCAAACACACUGUCAGCAAGACAGACCUCUUCGCAUCCCUCUGGCAGUCAGUCAACAACUUGUUCACAGCAAGCAAGAAUGGUUGGAACAAGUCAUGUCAGCAGUGGUAGUGAUGAUGUUACUAUUGAUGAACUUGCCAGUUAUUUCGAUCUCUUUGUCCAUAUUCCCAGAAAAAUGUCUCAUAUGGCUGAAAAUAUGUAUAUUUAAAGGCAGAGUUUCUUUCUAGACAAGUUACACUUCAAUAUUUUAUUAACAGAUUCUCAAUAAGGAUAGUGAAUCUUAUUUGCUCUAUAAUGCCUGUAGACAAUUCACGUCAUGAAGUUCUUGUGUACAAUACUGACGUUUAUUCUAUCAGCACUUUGUUGGCAUCUGAAAGCCAAACAUUUCAUAAAUUCCCUUUAACAUUGUUUAUUUUUGUUGUUUCUUUUUUAAGCUGCUUCCUGAGUUUUUGAUGGGAAUGUCUGGUUGUUACCUUUUUGGGUUACUGAUUCAUGAAAUAUAAUAAUAAAUAAUAUUAAUAAAAUAUUGUAGAACUGUGUUAAAUAUUCUCAGUGAUAUUUGCUUUCUGAAUUUCAUAUCAGAGGGAACUUGUUUGUAGGGUCUAACAAUUUUCAUGGUGUAUGUUUUCAUCUAAGAUUAAAUUAAUGAGUGUAAUUCGCUGAGCUUGGAAAUACUUCUUACAAGUAGAUAAUGCUUUCACAUGUUAAAAAAAAUUGCAAAAAAAAAAGUUGCUCUUAGUAAAGUUUUUUCUUUUCUUUUUGUAUCUCUUUCAAAAUACUUUAUCACAUAAAUGAAAGUAUGGAGUAGGGCAUGGUCCUUCUCCAACAUUAGUCAGAGGAGCAGAAGUUACAUGUGUGACUGUAGAUUGACUAACAUGCAAAUUUUUCAAGGUAAUCUUAGAUGCAAGGGCCUUACUAAUGUUGGUUUACUCUCUGAAGCCUUCUUCUUAGCAAUUGUGAGAAUGUGCUUGAUUGAUACCAGAUAUUUAAGGGGUUUACAGAUCAUCAUUGAGAUGCACAUGCAUGCAUAGGUUUGUCUUCAGAUCAUUUUUUCUUUAUGUACAAUAAAGAGAAAAGUGUUCAAUAAUUACUGUAUUUGAACAAAUCUAUGUGCAUUGGUUUAAUCUAUCUGGGGCUAUAGAUGAGAAUAGGCUCAUUUUGAGUUGUUAAAGUUUUGUGUUUGGCACCAGUUGAGAAUUUUUCAACUUCAGUGGUUUGGGUCAGGUACCCUCUGUCUACAUUGUUUUGUCUGUUAAAAAGUCUGUGCCACAUGCUCGCAGCAGUGCUUAUGGUGUCAUAUGUUAACUGUUCUGGAAAUAAUUGUUUUUCCUAACCCAUCGCUAAUUGUCAUCAAGGUAUUAGUAGGAGACAAGAAACAAGACUGAAGUAAUUCAACAACUCAUAGAACUCUUGACAUAUAAGAGAAAAGUGACCCUUUAUGAAGUGUAUUCUUAUGAUGCAGCUUAUAUUUCUGCUAACUGAACCAAUAGGUGGCAUUUUGUCAUCAGAGGGACUAAGUUUCUGCCAUGAUUAUCAGAAACCGAAAGCAUCGGUGUUAAACUUAAUUGAUUUUAAUGCUUUCUUUUGUUCAGUGCUACAAAGCCUGUAAUGUGGUCAUGUUUUUCUCUUGCAGCAACUUAUAGUUGUAAUAAGUGUCUUGAGAAAUAAGUUUUAAGUGAAUUCAAAUUGAUGUAUUUUUAUUGUAAUUAUACAUCCAGAUUUCAAAUAAAUGAAAACUCAAGAAAAAGAGAUCAGUCUCUUAACAAAA